AUGCUUUAUAAGAGAAAGAAACAAAAGAAAUCAACCCUGCGAGUUUUUCAAACCGCCUGGCUUGAAAAACUCACAGGGUUAAUUUCUUGUAAUAAAUUUUCACGAAAUCCGCUUGAACAAUUUUCCAUACAAAGGGGAAUUGCAAGAAAUGAUUAUCAAGGAGAUUCUAUAUAA